GUUGCUAUCAGAUCCCUCUAUCCCUCUAGCAAAGAGAAAACACUCACAAAUUAUCGAUUUCAUGGGUAACAGGGAAAGGGACAUUAUUCCAAGGCAGGAUUGAUAUCUUUACAGGCAACUUCAGUAGGGUAUAAGGAACAAUGACUGCUGAAAAGACUCUUCCAGUCAUCAAUGGGAAGCCUGAAGAUGCUUUGGACUCUGAGGCUCCAGGUUCUACUCUAGUGCACAGUAAUGACAAGAAAGUGCACGAAAGGGGCCACUGGAACAAUAAGGUGGAAUUUGUGCUGUCGGUGGCUGGGGAGAUUAUUGGACUUGGCAACGUUUGGAGGUUCCCUUAUCUCUGCUACAAGAAUGGAGGAGGCGCCUUCUUCAUCCCUUAUGUGAUAUUCUUUAUCUUCUGUGGAAUCCCUGUUUUCUUCCUCGAGACGGCCCUGGGGCAGUUUACUAGUGAAGGAGGAAUUACCUGUUGGAGGAAGGUCUGUCCACUCUUUGAAGGUAUUGGUUAUGCUACUCAGGUGAUUGAGGCCCAUUUAAACGUCUAUUACAUCAUCAUUUUGGCCUGGGCUAUUUUCUACCUGUUCAACUGCUUCUCUGCGGAGCUUCCCUGGGCAACGUGUGGACACAAAUGGAAUACAGACAAAUGUGUGGAAUUUCAAAAACUGAACAUGAGUAACGGGAGUCAGAUAUCAUUUGUAAACGCCACUUCUCCGGUCAUGGAAUUCUGGGAACGGAGAGUUUUGGCCAUAUCAGAUGGAAUCGAGCACAUCGGGGAUCUCCGCUGGGAAUUAGCACUUUGUCUCCUGGGAGCCUGGACUGUUUGCUAUUUCUGCAUUUGGAAAGGGACAAAAUCCACAGGAAAGGUUGUCUAUGUCACUGCCACAUUUCCCUAUGUAAUGCUUCUGAUUCUUCUUGUUCGUGGGGUGACUUUACCUGGAGCAUCUGAAGGAAUCAAAUUCUACCUGUACCCAGAUCUAUCCCGGCUGUCGGAUCCACAGGUUUGGGUCGAUGCGGGAACACAAAUCUUCUUCUCCUACGCCAUCUGCUUGGGGUGCCUGACGGCUCUGGGCAGCUACAAUAAUUACAAUAAUAACUGCUACAGAGACUGCCUCUUGCUUUGCUGUUUGAACAGCGGCACCAGUUUUGUUGCGGGUUUUGCGAUAUUCUCUGUACUUGGAUUUAUGGCUUAUGAACAAGGGGUGCCAAUUGCUGAGGUGGCCGAGUCAGGUCCUGGAUUGGCUUUCAUUGCCUACCCUAGAGCCGUCACCAUGAUGCCCCUUGCUCCUCUCUGGGCAGCGCUCUUCUUCAUGAUGCUCAUCUUCCUUGGACUUGAUAGUCAGUUUGUCUGUGUGGAGAGUUUGGUGACUGCCGUCGUGGACUUGUAUCCAAAGAUUUUCCGAAGAGGUUACCGGAGAGAACUGUUGAUUCUGGCACUUUCUAUUGUGUCGUAUCUUAUUGGACUUAUAAUGUUAACUGAGGGUGGAAUGUACGUGUUCCAGUUGUUUGACUCGUAUGCGGCGAGCGGAAUGUGUCUGCUGUUUGUCGCCGUAUUCGAGUGCAUCUGUAUCGGCUGGGUUUAUGGAAGCAAUAGGUUUUAUGAUAAUAUUGAAGAUAUGAUUGGACAUCGCCCGUUUGUAUUAAUAAAAUGGUGUUGGAUGUUCUUCACCCCGGGAAUUUGUGCAAGCAUCUUCAUAUUUUUCUUGGUGAAAUAUAAACCACUGAAAUACAAUAAUGUAUAUACGUAUCCUGCCUGGGGAUAUGGCAUAGGGUGGAUGAUGGCUCUCUCCUCCAUGGUGUGUAUUCCUUUAUGGAUUAUAAUCAAGAUGUGCAAGACUGAAGGCAGCUUUUUACAGAAACUGAAGACGUUGACGUUACCAAGUCCAGACCUGAAAAUGAGGGGGAAGCUGGGGGCCGACGCCUGCACCGCGACAGUAAAUGACUGUGACGCUAAACUUAAAGGCGACGGGAACAUUUCGGCCAUUACAGAAAAGGAAACGCACUUCUGAGGCAAAAUACUGGUUGUUUCACACAAACUCAGACAAAAAAAAAAAACGAGAGAUUUCACUUAAAUGUAGCGUCUCGCUUGUUCCGCACAAAAUCUUAACAGGUUGAUUUUAAAGUGCACAUUGUACACUUGUUGUGUUAUAUAAGUGACAGUGUUGUUUAGUGGCAGUUCUAUGUGAUGUUGUCCAUCGUUUCCUAUAGUGAACUGUACCGUUUUUAUACCUGGACUUUAUGACGUGUCGUGUUUCUAAUCUGUCCGGAUCUUUAUAACGUGUUUGUCUGUAGGAACAGCCAUUUUACAGGUUCCUCGUUAGCAGCGUUUAUUAAUUGGACUGCGUAGAGUCUCGCUGAUAUGUGUAACCACAACGGAUAUUUCUCUUGUGAGGUUAAAAAAAAAAAUCAUUUUAAAAAAAAGGUAAAUUUGACUGUUUUAGACUGUCGUUUUCUGGGGACCUAAAGGAGCCCGUGGCUUUCCCGUCAAUACAAGUCCCGCCUUUCUCCAGCCUUUCCUUUGCUGGUAUCAGGAAUCUGGGUGUAGGGAAUCCUCUACAGUACAACCCCCAAUUUACAUUUUUCAGGGGAACAGAAAAAAACAGUGUAAAUCAAGGAAAAUGUAAAAUCAGGGAAAUGUAUUAUG